UUUAUUUAAAUAUUAUGGUGAUGUUACAAAAUAAAAAUCAAGGAAUUUGUGUUUUGGUAACAGGGGCAACUGGAUAUAUUGGAUCUCAUGCUGUUUUAGAACUUUUAAAUGCCGGGUUUAAAGUUAUAGCACUUGGAAAUUCAAAAAGUCGGGAAGAAGAAAAAGUCUGUGUUUUGCCUCAGUGUUUAAUGAGAGUGUUAAUUUUGGCUAAUUGUCGUGGCUCAAUGUUAACAUUUAAACGUUGUAAUUUACAAUAUAUUGAUGAAUUAGAGAAUAUAUUUAAAACGGAGAAAUUUAAUAUUGUAAUUCACUUAGCUUCAUCAAAAGGUGUUGCCCCAUCAAUUAAAUAUCCUUUAGAAUAUUAUGCUAAUAAUUUAAUUUCUUCAAUAAAUUUACUUAAAGUAUAAUAUUUUUUCUUAAAUUUUAUUAUUUAAUUAAAUCUAUAUGUAGAUGUGUGAAAAAUAUGAAAAGAAAAAAUUAGUUUUUAUGAGUAGUGCAACAGUUUAUGGAGUGCCUAAAGAAUUGCCGGUAACUGAGAAUAGCUCUACUGGGGUUGAUAUCACAAAUCCGUAUGGAUGGGCUAAAUUUAUGGUUGAACAAAUACUUCGGGAUGUUUGUAAAAGCUCAAAGGUUGAGAAAUAUUUUAUAAUAAUUG